UUGGUCUCUUUUUGACCAAUGAGCGCGCAUGGCCCAACGAGGCGAUGAGGCCAAGUCAUUUCCGAUUUUGCCAUGAAGGCCGCGUCCGCCCCCAAGUCCAAGGCGUCGUCCGCGCCCAUCUUCCUCCAGAAGACGUACACGAUGUUCGAGAACUCGCCCGACAGCGUCGCCUCGUGGGCCAACAACGGCACGACCAUCGUGGUCAAGGACCCGCAGGAGUUUGCGCGCACGAUGCUGCCCAAGUACUUCAAGCACAACAACUUUGCCUCGUUCGUGCGCCAGCUCAACUUUUACGGCUUCCGCAAGUACAAGAAGGAGGACAUUAUGAUCGUCGAGGACGAUGUGACCAAGCACUGGUGGGAGUUUUACCACGACAAGUUCUUGCGCCACCACCCGGAGCUCAUGGCCCAGAUCCGCCGCAAGACCUACUCGGAGGCCGGCGAGCCGACCGAGAAGGAGGAAGUCGAGGUGCUCAAGAGCCAAGUCACGUCGCUCCAGUCGCAGCUCUCGCAGCUCACCAACCAGAUUACCAACUUGACCUCGGUCGUCUCGACGCUCAUGGAGACGCAAAAGCGGGCGCUCGAGUCCGUGCCGGAACACGCGCCGCCGUCGCCCAAGAAGCAGAAGACGGCCGCGCACGACGACUCGGAGCACCUCGUCAAGUUGGAGCCGAUGCUCAUGGACGUGGCUCCUUCGCCGCCGUCGCUCGCGCACCAGAACAGCCUCAACUUGGACGACGAGUUUAUGAUGUUUGACGACCGCCACUUUGGCAGCUUUGACGAAACUGCGACGUCGAUGCAAGACCUGCUCGAAGCGUUCCCCAAGGUCCCCAAUGCGGCGCCGUCGUCAUCCUCAACAGCUUCCGCGAACGCGGCCGAGAGCCUCGCCCGGUGUUCGCCGUCGCUGGUCAUGCCCAUGGGCUUCCCCUUCUCGACGCCCCUCCAGUAGGCGCGUCCGAGCUCCUUGAUAGUGUUAGUUUUUGUUAGAAUUGUUAGAUACAUUGCCUCGGGGGUGCCAUAUUUGCGGCACUCCCAAUACUUCUG